AUGAGCUUAAAUUGGGAUCCCGCGAGAUGGAGACAAACAGAAUCAGUAACUAAAGAAUAUGUUGAUGGUCGAUUGGCUGUCAAGGUGGAUACAAGUAACGGUACUGCUUCAAACCUAACAUUAACCGGAACGACAUCCACUGUUACAAGCGUUGAUGUGAAGAUAAACGACAAGAUCAUUGAAUUAAAUCAAAACGAGGCAGGAGCUGGUUUGUCAGGAUUGACACAAUCAGGUUUAUUGAUUAACAGAGGCAGCGAAACGAAUGCAUACAUUGUUUUCGAUGAUGCUGACGAUGCUUUUAAAGUAGGAUUUGAAGGGGAUUUAAAGACUGUUGUAACUUCAACUGAUCUUAGUGAGAUAACUGAUGAUAUCACAGCUUUGGGAACUGAUGUUAGUGAUCUUCAGACAGCUGUUGCUGGUCUCUCUACAAGUGUGGCUGUAGAAUCAAUAUACGCGUCAGUUUCCGCUACUUUACCAGAGACAACGGUCACUGACUUGACCAUCACA